GGCAGAAUCUAUUCCUAUGUCGCAUGGAGACUGACCACGAAGCGCACGUAUUCUAAUUCUUCGUUUUCAUGACGACGACGACGAAUCAAAAAGGGUUGCGGCAUCCGGUGGUGUGACUAGAUUUGCGCUCGUUGCGGCCGCACCAAAGGAGAAGAAGGAAGGGAGCGGACCGGCAUGGCAGAGGCGAUCAUCGGGCCCCUGGUGGGGAAGCUGCAGGAGCUUGCUGUCAGCGAGGCGCGGGCGCUGGUGGCAGUGAACGACGACAUCCGGAGCCUCCGGGACAAGCUCAUGUGGAUGCAGGCCUUCCUGCGUGACGCCGACCCGCGGCGCCGCGUCGUCCCCGACGAGGCCAGCCGGGUGUGGCUGCACCAGACGCGCGACGCCGCCUUCGACGCCGAGGACGCCGUCGACCAGUACUUCCUCCUGGUCGACCUAUCCAGGUACCCAAGCUGGACUCGCACCAUUAUAAGGUUCGUUGCUGGAUUUACUACACAAAUACGUGUGCGGCGCAACCUUUCUAGCAAGAUCGAAGCUAUCAACUCAAGGCUUGAGAACAUUGUUAAGAACAAGGACAAGUACAAGCAGAUCGAAGACUCCACUGACAAGACGGUUGUACCAUGGAGAGCUUCCACGACCAUCUCUGUUGCCCCAACCAAAUUGGACAAUUUGCUGCAGCCCCCGCUUGUGAGUCGCGAGGACAAGCACAGAGAGCUCGAUUCUGCUCUGCGUGGUGGCACUGCUCGUCUACAGGUUAUCUCUUUGACAGGGCAAAGUGGAGUGGGCAAGUCAACUCUUGUAAGAGAUGCGUAUGAAAGGCUGGCGAUCAAGAACCAUUUUGAUAUGCAGGCUUUGGCAACUUUCCCACCUUAUUCUAGUGCCUCUGAUAUCCUGAAACUAAUCCUUAGGGAUCUCACGGAGAAUGACUUCACAUUAUCUAAGAAGGAUGUCAGUGAGCAACUCAACAAGGAACUAGAAGGGAAGAAAUACUUGGUGGUGAUAGAUGGUGAGGUUAGCACCACUGAAUGGAAACACAUCCUAGCUGCGCUCCCUUAUGUAGCAAACAGUAGAGUAGUGAGAAUGUCAAAGGAGAGGCCAGAAGAGCCACCAGGAAACUAUGAUCAUCUUGUCAUCCAACUUGACCGUUUUGAUGAGGAUGCUACCAUAGAGUUGUUCCAGCAGAGAGUUCACAGGGAAGAAAGCAGUCCAAAGUACAAUGAAGCUGUACGAAAUGGUGUUGUAAAUGAUUACCGUCAAGACAUUUUUGACACCACGGAGGGGCUACCACUAGCAAUUGUCCUUCUUUCAGGCCUUCUUCGAACAAAGGAGUUUCCGGUUGAGUGGAAAGCUGUAUUUGAUCAUCUUAGAUCCAAGCAAUCAAAGCGGCUUGACAGCAUACUAUCCCUGUGCUUUGAUGAUCUUCCAUAUGACGUGAAAUCUUGCUUCCUUUACUUUGCUGCAUUGCCAACAAACAUGCUAAUUGAGGCACAAGAUUUGGUGUGCAUGUGGAUGGCAGAGGGCUUCCUAAGACCAAAGGAAGGGAUGACAAUAGAGAAGGUUGGUUACCGUUACUUGAAGGAGUUGAUCGCGAGGCAUUUAAUCAACCCUGAGCCUAUGGAUGAGAACAGUCCUGAAGAGGAGCUUGUGUCCAUCCAAAGCAAAGUCCAUGCCUUUCUACAGAUUGAAGCACAAGAGGUGAAUUUUGUGGAGAUCCAUAACAGUGAUGACAUCCCAGCUUUGUCAACUGCUCGCCGCCUCUCCCUGCAAAAUCGCAUGGAUAAAUAUGCUACACUAACCAACCCUAUUCCAAAGCUACGGUCCAUCUUGUCUAAUUUUGAAAAGGAAGAAAUAAGCAAGGAAUAUGAAAGCAUAUCUAAGUUCCUCCGUGUUAUUAACCUGCAAGGCCUUGAAGUUGGUGACAAGUUACCAAAUGAAAUUGGUGAUGUGGUGCACCUGCAGUACCUUGCUGUCACAUCCUGUUCUUUGAGUGAGAUACCGCCAUCGGUCGGAAGGCUCACUAAUCUUCAGACACUUGAUGUCCGGGAUACUGCAGUUGAGAAGCUACCUGAGUCAUUCUGGAAGAUUAGAACACUAAGGCAUGUGUUUGGUCAUUGCCUCAUCUUGCCUAAACGGGUUGGUGACUUGAAGAACCUACAGACACUUGACACCAUAAAACCUGAUAAGUAUGGUUGGGAUAGAAAUACUCUUGCAAAAAUGAUCCAUCUCCGUUCCUUGUUCAUUUGGAAACUUUCCGAAGGUCAUUUGAAGGUGCUAGCUGCUGCUCUGAAAAAACUGAAGCACCUUGUGACACUGACCAUACAUGGUGAUGGUAUUCCAUCAAGUGUGUUCACCAGCUCCUCGCUUCGACGCCUUGAGGUUUUGGAAUUGGACGGGAAGCUUGACAUGCCAUCUGAACCAAAUGACAUCAAAUCAUGCCUGCCCAAUCUACUUCUUUUGUCACUAGAGAAAACAAUGGUUUCACAGGACUUCAUCAAUAAGUUAGCUGAGCUGCCCUUCCUUGCUAGCCUCACUUUGGAUGUUGGAUCAUACAAGGAUGGACAACUUGUAUUUUCUCCCGGUGGAUUUCAUAGCUUGAAGAGGUUGACGAUUGACUUGAUAGAAUUGAAGAAAGUUAAAAUACAUGAAUCAUCACUUCCCAGGCUUGUAGAUUUGGAUAUUUUAUCCUACUCUAAUGAUCUGGAAAUUGAGAUUGUGGGUAAAUCCAACAUUGUGGACAAGCUCCGUGGUGAGGAUGAAAACCUUUAUAAGAAGAUCAAACGGACUCCAAGGACUGAACGGGCUGCUGGAAGACAUUGAAU